GAGAGCUCGCUCUAUAAACAAAAUCCGAAACAAGACUUGUUGACUCUGAAGAUGAUGAUGAUGAUGAGUGGAUGCUACGGCGGCGAGGAGGAAGAGGCAUCAUCACAUAGGAAGAAACGGAAGCUGUCUUCUUCCUCGGCGGGGAUACCUUUGUUGCCGGAAGAGAUGGUUCUAAGUUGCUUGGCCCGUGUUUCGAGAUCGGAACACGCUUCCUUAUCUCUCGUCUCGAAGCGACAUCGUUCUCUAUUGUUGACGCCUGAGUUGUACAACUACCGAUCUCUUAUGGGCUGCACAGAAAACCUCAUCUACCUAUGCUUACGCAUCCCUCCAGAUCUAGAUCCACGAUGGUUCACCCUCUCCCUAAAACCCCGUGAUCGGCGGCUAGUCCCAGUGGCGUCUAGAUUGCCGAGCUCACACGUGGACCUUGGUUACUUUAACCAGCCUCACGAAGCAUCUUCUAUGGUGGCUCAUGGUUGCGGGAUCUACGUCAUGGGUGGAAGGAGAUUCCGGAGAGGCUCGUCCAGUGUCAUGUUCCUUGAUGGUCGAUCUAACACGUGGAGCACUCUCCCCUCCAUGGGGGUGGCUCGAUAUUCAGCUGCGGCUGGUGUGGUGGACGGGAAGAUAUAUGUGUUGGGAGGGUGUGAUGAUCGUGAGUCCAGCAGGUGGGGAGAGGUUUUCGACCCGGAGAAGCAGACUUGGGAUGCCCUGCCCAUGCCCCCGCAUCAUUGUAGUCCUCACGCAAUGUUCGAAAGCAUAGUGAUAAACCAGGACAAGUUGGUUGCUUUGAAUGGCGCAUGGGAAUGUGUAUCCUACACACCAAGUGAAAGCAGAUGGAACAAAAUGAGUAAGGAAAAGGAAACCUUCGCAGUUAAUAAGUGUUGGCAUGUGAUAGAUAAUGUCGUGUAUUGCAGUGGAUUAGAUGGGCGGGUAUUGUGGUGCGAGGCAGAUGAAUGGGAGAGGCCCGAAACCGAGGCGGUGGAGUGGAGAGAGGUGAUGGGCUUGGAGUCUCUCUGGGAAACUCUCGCUGCCUCCAAGCUCGUCAACUAUGGUGGACGGAUGGGGGAUAACUGGGAGGCAAACAAACCGCUGAUGCUAGAGGCGGGAUUGGAGAUAACAGAACUCGACGAAAAACUUCCCGGGCACAAACUGAGCAACUCUGGUAACAACAUGUUGAUCUUCUGGGACGUGCUUGCUCCUAAUAAGUUAGAGAUUUGGUGUGCAGAGGUCUCUUUGGUGAGACACAAGGAGACGUGCCAGAUUAGAGGAAACAUUGUGUGGUCUGAAGCUAUCAUGACACUGGAUCCUCCUCCUCCACAUAAUUUUGAAGAAGCUUCAGCAUAUGUCACGUAUUGCCUUAAUGGCUAACCAGAGUGACAGGUAAAGAAGAUAUACAUUGUGGUUUUGACAGGUAAAGAAGAUAUAUACAAUUGAUUUGUUUGUAGUUCAGUGAUCUAGAGAAAC